AUGUUCGGAACCAUGAUAGACUACUGGUACAUGACGGGCGACACAUCCUACAACGCAGCGACGAGCCAGGCCAUGAUCCACCAGGCCAGCCCAACGCGCGACUUCAUGCCCAUCAACCAAACGCGGACCGAGGGCAACGACGACCAAGGCUUCUGGGCCAUGGCGUCCAUGAGCGCCGCCGAGAACAAGUAUCCCGACCCGCCGCCCGACAAGCCCGGUUGGCUCGAGCUGACCCAAGCCGUCUUCAACCACUACGUCUCGCGCUGGGAUGAGGAUAACUGCGACGGCGGCCUGCGCUGGCAGAUAUUCACCUUCAACGCGGGGUAUAAUUACAAAAACUCCAUUUCAAACGGGUGCUUCUUCAACAUUGCCGCCCGGCUGGCGCGGUACACGGGGAACAGCACCUACGCCGACUGGGCAACAGCCAUAUUCGAGUGGGAGCAAAAGGCGGGCCUCAUCACGAGGGAAUUCGCCGUGCUGGACGGCAUACACGUCGGCGGCGGCGGCGGGACGUGCGUCAACCGCACCGACACGCAGUGGUCGUACAAUGCGGGCAUCUUCCUGCACGGCGCUGCCGUCAUGUACAACUUGACACGGGGCGAGGUGUGGAAAGCCCGGACCGACGGGCUUGUCAGGCACUCGCUGGGGGAAUUUGCCAGGGACGGCGUCAUCUUCGAGCCGGCGUGUGAGCCGGUCAGGGGGUGCGAUUAUAAUGGUCUCUCGUUCAAGGGGUACUAUAUACGCUGGCUGGCGGCGACGAUCAAGAUGGCUCCUCAUACGUAUGAGGUUAUAUACCCUGUUAUGAGGAAGACUGCGGAAGCGGCUGCGCGGGCGUGCUCCGGGUCGGAUGUGUCGUUUAGGGGCGUUCCGGGGACGGCGUGCGGGUUCGCGUGGACGGAUGGAGGCAAGUUUGACGGACUGGUUGGUGUUGGGCAGCAGAUGUGCGCGCUGGAUGCCGUCAUGUAUACUCUUGUGGAUGGGGUGGGUGCUGCGGUGACGCAUGAUACCGGCGGCACGUCGAGGGGGAAUCCGGCUGCUGGGGGGGAAUCGGAUGAUAGCCAUUUACCGCUUCCAAAGGCAAUUACUGCUGGUGACAGGGCUGGUGCUGCGAUUAUUACCAUUAUUUUUGUGGGCAUUGGCAUUGGGGGGUCUGCGUUUAUGCUGUGGAAUGAAGACCUCUGA